UAAGUUUUAGUGGAGUCAUACCAUUGAGGAAAUAAUUUUCUGUUAAAUACUUCGAACAAUCCGCCGCAAUCCACAAUGGAUAGCCAAGGAAGGAAAGUUGUUGUGUGUGACAAUGGAACCGGAUUUGUCAAAUGUGGAUUUGCUGGUUCUAACUUCCCUGAGCACAUCUUCCCCUCAUUGGUUGGCCGACCCAUACUCCGAUCAACAGCCAAAAUAGGCAACAUUGAAAUAAAAGAUCUACAUGUUGGUGAUGAAGCCAGUCAGUUACGUUCUAUGCUGGAGGUCAACUAUCCAAUGGACAAUGGUAUCGUGCGCAGCUGGGAAGAUAUGCUUCAUAUAUGGAACUACACUUUUGGACCUGAAAAGUUGAAUGUUGAUCCUAAGCAAUGUAAAUUACUUCUGACAGAACCUCCAAUGAAUCCAAUGAAAAAUAGGGAAAAAAUGAUUGAGGUUAUGUUUGAGACGUACCAGUUCGAAGGUGUCUACAUUGCCAUCCAGGCAGUACUAACACUCUAUGCCCAGGGUCUCUUAACGGGUGUUGUGGUCGACUCAGGAGAUGGUGUUACUCACAUCUGCCCUGUUUAUGAGGGAUUUGCUUUGCCUCAUCUUACAAGGAGGCUGGAUAUAGCAGGAAGAGAUAUUACCAAGUAUUUAAUAAAGUUACUGCUGUUACGAGGCUAUGCAUUCAACCACUCUGCUGACUUUGAGACAGUCAGGAUGAUGAAAGAGGCAUUGUGCUAUGUAGGAUAUGACAUUGAACAGGAACAAAAACUGGCUUUAGAAACUACAGUCCUAGUUGAGCAAUAUACAUUACCAGAUGGCCGUGUGAUCAAAGUUGGUGGUGAAAGAUUUGAAGCACCAGAGGCAUUAUUCCAGCCUCAUCUUAUUAAUGUUGAAGGUCACGGGGUAGCAGAAUUACUGUUCAACACAGUCCAGGCUGCAGAUAUUGACACAAGGGCAGAGUUUUACAAGCAUAUAGUCCUGUCUGGAGGCUCAACCAUGUAUCCUGGCCUGCCAAGUAGACUAGAGAGAGAGAUUAAGCAGUUAUACUUAGAACGUGUACUGAAGGGAGACACUGAAAAAUUAUCUAAAUUCAAGAUCAGAAUUGAAGAUCCACCACGUCGUAAGCACAUGGUAUUCCUAGGUGGCGCUGUAUUGGCAGAUAUCAUGAAAGACAAGGAUUCAUUCUGGAUGACGCGGUUGGAAUAUGAAGAAAAAGGACUUCGAGUUUUAGAAAAACUGGGAGUCGCCCCAAAAGGUGUAUGAUAGCCUUGUAUAUAUUUUGUUAUUAUACAGGGUGGGCCAAAAAACAAUACCCAAGUUAAAGAUUAAUGAUUCAUAUGGUAGUAUGUUAAACCAUGUCACCCCUGGUGUCAAUUUUAGCCUCUUACUCCACAAGAAAACAACGGUU